AUGGAGAUGACUCCCUCAAACAAGGACCCAAAUGGACUAGACAACCCCAUAUUUAUAGUAAGUUCUAUAUUUGUAUUUUAAAUCAGAUGCCUGCAUAGUGAGCUUGAAUAAAACCAAACAACAAGAAAAUAAAAAUAAAAAUAAAAAAGUGGGGAAAGAGAGAAAUGGAUAGAGUAAGCCAGGGGAUAGGAACUUGGGGCUUCAGCACCCAACAUCCUUGACCAUUGGGCAUGCUGGCUAGGUCUCAUGGGAAGUGGAAUCUGGGGUGGGGGUGGGCAUGGACUUACCAAUGUUAGGCUGUGUUUACAAUUGCCAAAACGUAUUUAUUUCUUGUAAAACUCUUUUUCUCCCUUAUGUGUGGUGGAACUAUGUUGAAUACACUUCUGUUUCUGAGUAAAUUGUAACAGUUCACUACUUGUAUUGUCCUUUAAAUUUGACAAAUAAGAGAGAGGAAGAAUGGAUUAUUUUUUAUUACAUGACAGUUCACUCCCUAUCAUAUCCUUCUCUGCUUAAAAAAAAGAAAAGAAAGAUUAUCUCUUGCUUUUCUGCCCCUACUCUGCCCCUACCCUAGACAGGCCAGAACAAAGAAAUAUUGUUAGCAUUUUAAAAACUUUAGGAUAGUGAACGUUCCUAAAGUUUAUGCACCCCUAUCCUGCAUCAUUGUAUGCCUUUGGUGGGUUCUGAGGCUGCAAUUUUGUGAACGCUUGCUUAGAAACAUGGGCGUAGCCAGGAUUUUCAUGGGGGGGUACUUUGUUAGAGGGGUAUGACUUUCGUUAGGGGCGUCAGAACCAAUGUGGUUGGUCAGUUAGUUAAGUAUUUCUAUAGUUUUACUUGAUCUGAGGGGGCAGCUGCCCCCCCCAACUAUGCCUAUGCUUAGAGGUAAUUCCAUUAUAUUCUCCGGAGCUUACAACUGAGUAAACUUUCAUAGAAUUAGACUGCACGUCUAGGAGAAAAAAAAGAACACAAAUGUGUGUACAUGCACAAAUACAUGGCUAAAAGAGGAAUACACCUGCCUGACUACCUUUGUAAACAAUGUAGAUAAUAUCUAGCAGCACAGCAGUGAAAAGUGUUAUGCUUUCAUAUAGCCUCAGAGAGGGGAUCAGUAGGCAGAGCUUGCAAAAAGGUCCAGGAUCCAUCUCUAGUUAAAGGAUCACAGCUGCUAAGAAAGAUCUGUUUCAGAGACCCUAGAGAGGCACUACUAGUUAGACAACAUGCUAGCUGGACCACUGGAAAUUCAGUAUUCUUCUUUUGUUCUCUGUGCUUGAGGAUAACUUUGCUGUUUAGACUUCCAGGGCUAAAUUGCUUUGCCAUCAGCAAGUCUGGUAAAUCAAGUCCUCGUGCUAUUUGGAAAGAGUCCAAGCCACAUGCAAAUAACUUCAUAGCAGAAGUUUGAAUGAAAAUGCGCAGCUUGUGUUGUAUAAAUGAAUAGUAGCAGCAAUGUUGUUGUUGUUGUUACACCCUAAGGCUCUUUGGAUGGACCGUACAUAGGGUUAUUUAAAACAACUAUUAAUUUUUACUAUGAGUAUCAGCAAGUAGGGACUGCAACAAAAUUAAGUGCUCCUGUGUGGGGUUCCAGACAGCAAUGCCUCCUUCUCAGAUGCUUCGUAAUAUUUCCUCCUGUUUUUCUUCUUUCCCUUCCCACUCUAAUGACUGAUACUCAGCAUUUAAUUGGCCAGUUAAAAUGACCAGUCUCCACAUGUCUGUUGGGUCCUCUCUCUUUUUGCCACCUUAGUCAUCCCUUCUGCCCAGAAGCAUUUCUUGUACUUCUGCAAAUCUUGGAAUUCCUACCGCCUUAUUUUCUCAGUGACCCAAUUUUGGUUACAUAGCUACCUGCACUCAGCACCUGAGUUUCCUAUUAGAUGGUGCGUUUCUGGACCACCUUCAGCAAAUGGAACGCUCAAUGGUCUUUCUUUUCCCCCUCAUAACAACUAAGUGGAACAGAUUGCUAAGCUUCUCUCUUCCUCAAAAAGGGAGCCUGAUGAUAACAAACUUGAGAGGGAUAACUAGGCCAAUGUUUAAGUCGUUCUAGCUAGACAAAUUUCCUGCAGGCUUGCUUCAGCAAGAUGAAACGUACCUCUGCCGAGUUCAGUUGUGUCCGACUCUGGGUUGUGCGCCUAUCUCACUUAAGAGGCCGGGGCCAGCGCUGUCUGGAGACAGCCGCUAAGUCACGCUGAGCCAGCGUGACAGCUGCUCUGGCGAGCCAGCACCAGCGCAGCACACGGAAGACGCAGUUACCUUCCGCUGGAAGCGGUACCUAUUUAUCGUACUUGCGCUAGGGCACUCAACUGCUAGGUGGGCAGGAGCUGGGACCGAAGCUGGUGCUCUCUUCCGCCAAAGGGAGCCUGAUGAUAACAAACUUGAGAGGGAUGACUAGGCCAAUGUCCAAGCUUGUUCUAGCUUUCAAAUCUGCUGCAGAUUUUAUUACCUGCCUCUUAUUCUCUUUACGUUGUGUGUCAUUGCUGCUUUCAAGUCUCCUCCCCCCUCUCUCCCCCUUGACUGACAUAGUUACAUGAGAAAUAAAAAGUUGUCCUCUUUAGCAAGAGUGAAAUCAGCUCAACCUCAUUAUGUCUUUCCUAUUUAUGAUGCAUGUGAUACAUGUGACAAACCAUGCUGCACAGAAAGAGCAGAUUAAAUGAAACAUUUGUAGUGUAUUAUUGUCUUUUUUUUAAGUAAAGCCAGAGGUGGUUUUCAGUAACUUUUCUGAAUGAAACUGGAGUGAGCUUGUUUAAGAAGGAACAGAUUAGAAAAUACAGGGGCCAGCUCUGAAGAUUUACUAUUGAAAUGGAUUCACAGAUAACUUUGUUUUUCCCCUUCCCAACCCAUCCACAUUUUAAAAUACUUUAUUAAUUUUGCAAAAAACAACAAUCAACACAAACAAUCCAAGAUCAAUACAUAUUACAAAAAGAAAAAAUAGAUUCAUACAGAACAGAUUCCAUUAUGACUUCCAAUCACCCCAGCAUGGUUCCUGAGUUGCACACUUUCCAUUGUCUCUCAUAAAUUGUCUCAAUAGUCUUGGUUUUGUAAAGUUUCCUACUGUCAUGCAAGGGUUAAUCAAGACCUGCCAAAGAAUUUAGAUGUUUACAAUGCUCUUUUAGGUAUCCUCUGUAAGUGUCCCGUUCUCUAUUAAAUCUUUGUUCUGUAUCAUCUCUAAUUCUCCCUGUCAAUUUUGCUAACUGCGUAUUCUGGCAUUUUCUCCUGCCAGUCCAAGUCCAAGUCCAUUCCAUUCCAACCCAUCCAUAUUGAGACAGGUAGCAAGACAGGCACCCAGAGGCCCCAAAGAGGUGCCAGUAACUUUGUAAAACACAUUUCAGAGAAGCAAAUGCUGGUGCCCUCCGGUACAAGCCCUAACUGAAAUGUUCUCCCUUGGUUCCUGCAGACUGAUGAUGGAGGGCAUUACUGCAACUUCCCUGAAGCUGGUGCCACACUUCCAGAAUGCGAAGAAAGGCAGAAAGGCAAAGACUCCAGCCGUCUCGCUUACACCGUCACAGAUAUCCCCCCUUGGUACCUCUGCAUCUUCUUGGGAAUUCAGGUGAGGAUUGGAAGGAAAAGUUAGGUGGAGGGUCUUGUGUGACCAGUUGAACAAAACUAUGGCUGAGGUUAAUAAUAAAUUAUAACAGAUUUAAAGUCAGCCAGUAUGUGAUAAAUAGGCAAAGGAGCCACAACAUGUACUGAUUAUAUUAUAGUAAAAAUACUCCGGGUGGUGUAUAUAUGGGGGAGAUUAUGUCUCUCUAGGGAGAAUUAUAUCCCUCCAAAGAAUUCAGGAUUACUUAUUUGGGGGUAAUUCCAUUUAUUCUUUCAACAAACCUGUGAGGCAAGUGAGUCUGAGAGAGAGAGAGAGAGAGAGAGAGAGAGAGAGAGAGAGAGAGAGAGACUGGUGGCCACUCAGAUCACUAGAAUCGGUAUCAAGGGUUGGUAAUGUUGUGUUUGCAAAGGCUCAUAUCACAGGGUUGCCACAUGCCCGGAAUUGACCGGACAUAUCCGGAAUACUGCAACCACAAGCAGUGUCUGGGCAGAAAUUGGCUAAAUGUCUGGGAAAAUCCAGAUGUAUAGCAGGUGAUGUUGGCAGUGUCAUUUUUUCCAAUUUUCCUCAGAAAAAGCUCCAACCUACCAGAAACCUUAUCUCAGCACAGCCCCUGGCCCUGUUGUUGCUCCACUUGCCUAGGCGAUCUAUUCAGCCUUUUUCUUUAUCCCCUGGCCCAGAGGGAGAGUGCUAGGAAUCAAUGUUGGGUAGUGGUUGGAAUUGGGCCCAGAGGCAGGCCAAGGGAAUGACUGAAGGGAAGAGGGAUGCCCACGACAGGUAUCUUGCUCAAGGGCCCCAUAAAACAUGGAGCCAGCACUGCAGGUCCAGCUUUAUGACUGAAUGUGGAUUUCAGUCACCCAAGUCUGCCCAGGGCUCUAUUGCACAACACCCCACAGUGGUUCUGACAACCCUAGUUCAGCCUUUCCUUUUUCACACAGCUUUAGCUUUGUGAGGCUUCUGUAAUUCCCUCAGCUGUCUGAGGUGCAGACUUGCCAGCUCUUUAAAACAAGAGGUCAACACUAGACCAGGUGUACUGACAGAACUUUCUCAGGCAGUUUGAUACACGAAGCAGCUUCCUCAUUCUCAUCGGUUCAAAAAUCAUUUUGUAAUAAAUAUAUAUAAUCCUAUUAGUGGAGUGUUUUUUAAGUCUGUAGCGGGCAGCCUUGAGGUAAUGCUCAGACAUUGAUUUAGUGAGAGAGGUAUUGUGUCAAUGAAACUCAGGGCUAAAGGUAGAAGUUAUUGCAUAUGAGGCGAGCAACAGGAACAUCAACCAUUCUUUUGUUUGUUUGUUGGAGGAGGGAGGCUAUUUGUACAGGAGCUAUUUUGGUGAGGGAAGGUGUUUUUAAGAUUGCCCCCCCCCCAAUUUAAUCCUCAAAAGUUGUCACUAGCUUGGGGCAAGGAGCAAGGGGAAGACAGGUACAAUGCAAGAACCUGUGUUCCUCUCCUCUGAGUUCAUUAGUGGUUUUGGGGACAGAGCAUGGUAAGGGGAGGGGGAGAGGAAAGAUUUGAAAAAUCCUUCCUCCGCUGCUGCAGAGCCAGAAUAUGUUGUUGUUCCCACAAAGCAGUUUAUAGCCUAAAUUCUCAGAACCAGACUUGAAAAGAACACUGUAUGUAGAAAACUAACAUACGUAUAUGGAAAAUGGGUCUAACUUACCUGUUCGCCAAUAGAUCAAUUUUGGGUGGAUUCUUGUGUGUGAAAGAGCAUUCAGUCAAUCUGAGCCCCUACCUGGAGUCUGAAGCAAUACAGUAUUGCCUACAUUGGAGAAAAGGAACCUUUUCUGGCCAACAGGCCAGAUCCUUAUCUCUCUAUUCCUGCUGCCCAAAUUUGACAGAGGGUUGACCUGUCAGUCACCUGAUGUCACUUUGACGUCAGCUGAUGCUGUGGUUUGAAGCCUUGAUUGUUGGGACUUUGAAGCGUAGCAUGGAGUGUUGGGAAUGCCUUGCUCCCAAACAAUUGGGAGCUCACUUUGAGUAUCCAAUUGUUCCUUUGAAGCCCCAUCCUUACCUACCCCACACAUUCUUAAAGCUGGAAAGUAUAGACAUCCAGCUACAUUAGAGUAAUGGGAGCAGAAGCUUCAAAGAGUGGGAGCCAACUUCACCUUUCUUGAGAGGAAGGAAGUUCUGUACUCUGGGUACCACUACAAAAAAGGACCUGUCUUCUCCGCUAUUAUACACAAAGCUCUUUCUCUUAACUCUUUUCUCUCUCUCUCUUUGGUUCUUAGCACUACCUCACUGCUCUUGGAGGUCUUGUUGCUAUCCCUCUCAUCCUGUCCAAAUCUCUUUGCUUGGAGCAUGAUACCCUGACACAGAGUCACCUGAUCAGCACCAUCUUCUUCGUCUCGGGGAUCUGUACCCUUCUUCAAGUCAUCUUUGGAGUCAGGUAGGCAUGUACCUCUGGGAGUGCAACAUUACAUUACAUUUGCAUGUGGCUGAGAUGAAUGCAGUGUAUUAUUAGUUAAACUACUAACAGCUCACUAAGAAAGAGAAUUUUUUUAACAGUUUGACUGGAAAACCUCACUUAAAGCAUAAUAAACUCAGCAGCAUCUUCUAAUUUCAGUGAGCUGGAUCAGGAUCCCAGGAAGCAGAGGAUAAGAUAAUAGUGGAGAAUGCAUAUUAGUGUGUAAAUAUUGCGUGUCCCUCCUUUCAUGUUUGCGCAAUGGAACAAUAUAGUCUUACAAACUGGUUUUAGUGACUUCCUUUUGAAAUAAGUGAAGCAAAAUGAUUUAGGAACCAGGAAUCUUUUUUUAAAAGCUGCAGUGGGGAGCCUCCAGCUGACAGACCUAUAAAUUUGGCCUGUGAGGUGGUUUUUCCCCAAACCAUGCUGAUGGUAUAUGAAACAUCAGGUGUGGGGCUUGCAAAAAUGCAGCUGCAAAGGAACAAAUGGGGGCUCAGAAUGUGUUCUCAAUUGUUAUUUGUUACAUAGAGCUCACUAACUGACAGCAAGUCCCUCUAAUGUUGUCUGUUUGCAGGCACAGUUUAGAUUCAAACCACACCUGCAAAUGGACAUUUUAGAAGAAAAAAGUUCAUGCACAGUCGUGGUUUAAAUCCACACUUUGUCUGUAAGCAGACCAUGUGAAGUUCACUGUUGGCAUCAAUCAGCUGUCUGAUGCUGACAGCGGGUGGGGGGCUCUUCUAACAGUGUCACAUCAAUGUCUGUUGGCUGACAGGUGGGUGUUCUCUUCCACUUGUCAAAGUGGCCUGCAGGGGUGGGCGAGGCCUUGAACCAGUCCACUGGUCAGAUCUGGUUCCCCGCCCCUGUAUAGUAAAAUGUAAGUUGGUUUUGUACAAAAAUAAAAAGGUAUAUUUUCUAGAUAUUUCCUGUUCUGAUUUUCAUAUAAUUUGUAGCUUUCUCUAUCCUCCUUACCAAGUUUUCUUCUCCAUAGUUAACUAUAAAAUUCUGGGGUCAGAUUUUGUGGAAUGUUAUCUGUUUCCAAAAUCUUCAGAGACUGUGUUCCAUUUCUGUGUAUGUGGGCAUUGAUAUAAAGAAACCAGGAAAUUGCUCACUAGCUGACAUCUUCUGAGAAUGCGUGGAAUCUUGUUCUUAAUUCAUGCAGUGCUGUUGAGUGUUGUAUUGUGGAAGCAGCGUGCUUUCAUCUUUCUAGCAAUCAUUAAGAGCUGUAUCAUCAACCUUAAGGAACAUUGGAAUCAUUUGCAGAUGAUCUUGUAAGCAAGCUGGAUGGUAUUGACAGUGUGUAGGUUCUUUAGUCAUCUCCCAUUUCUGGUACUUGUAUUCUCCUCAUAAGUAGACAUAAUUAGAUCUCUGAUCCCAUAAAGGUUUGCCUAAUGUCUGUGAAAUGUUUUAUUUGCCUUGAUGUUUUAAGCUGACUGUGAUGUUUAAUUAUCUGCCAUGCUAUUUCUGUUUUUAGCUCUUUAAUUGUUGAUGAUUAUUUUAUUCUUUGACCGUUAGCUGUCUUGGGCACUACUCUGCUGGAAAGUAGGAAGGCAGGAUAUGAAUUAUUUUGCUAAAGAAAUAAAUGUAUUGGGUGGAAUGCACAGGUGAGAAUUUUUCCAGGAAGUACUUCUCUCUCUAAACCCAGUUUGGACAGAUGCUAUGGAAUUUUGGAACAUCGCUUGCUCCUGAUGCAAAUCCUAAACUGGGUUAGGAUGGAAAAGAAAGAGCUUGGUUGUAUAGUUAGGGAAACAUUUCUGCCUCUUACAUGUGCAGCAAGACUAGUGUGUGGCAUAAUAUGUUCUAGCCACUAUUAACACCCUGGCAAUGGUGGCUGGGUUUAUAUGCUACCAAGGGAGCUGACUUGGGCCCCAGGUUAAGGGUGCCCAGUGUACAUGACGUCAUGACGUUAUGCAGGGCCCCCAGUCUUGAAACCUGACUUCUGGUGGCACCAAAAAUCAGGUUCUGAGACCUCGCAAGACCUCAGAAAGGCCUUGUGAAAGCUCGGAAGUUGCAUGAGGGCCCUGUGGUGUGGGUGCUGAGCACCCACAACAAAAAAAUUCUGGGUGCUCAGGCACUCGGAGCCCCCUAGAGCUGGCACCCCUGUAUGCUACAUUUUCUUCUUUUUCUUUCAUUAUGCGGGAGAAGUUAAACCAGGGGUUGGCACGGUUUACCUCACCUGGGCUGGUUCACUCCAUUGGAGAUCCCUCUGUGGGCCAGAUCGCGAGCACACAUGCCCGCAAUUUCCGGCGUCUGCGCAGACGCAAUUUCUGGCAUCUGUGCAGACACGAUUUCCAGUACCACAGAAGUGAGUCCCCACGCCGCGCUGCACCGGUUUAGGGCAGUGCGCGGGGACUCACCGAGCAGGCAGCUCAGUUCGGGGGUGGCUUGUGGGCCGGUUAAACGACCCCCCCCAUGGGCCUUAGGUUGCCGACCCCUGAGUUAAACCCUGAACAACUUAACACAGGCAGUAUGUAUUUAAAUAGAACUGGCACAUGAACUUUCCCACAGUUAGAACGGACAAAAGUUUUUUCAAUGUCACUUCCACAUUAUUGUCGUACCCCUCUUCCUUCAUUAUUAGUCGUUUUCCUCCCCUGACACUGACUUGGGGCGGGGGAGACAAGUGCCAAUUCAUACCCUUUAUGCAGCAAUCAUAUUUGCUGUACAUGCACCACUGUUUCCUGCAACAAGUGCAAAUAUACAUAUCCUUAAAACAGCUGUGUAGCUCAAGCAAAGUGUAGAUUUUACUCAGCUGUGGCUCCCUGAAAACCAAAAUGGUUACAAACUUCUAAAGAAGUGUAUCUGUCUAUAUUCUCUUGCUAUGAAUUUGUUAUGAGAAGGACCAGUGUGCCUCUGGCAAAUGCUGUAUUCAUGUGACGUGUACAUUAAUCCUUAUUGGGAUGUUGGGGUGCAGCUGUGCAAAUUCAACACUAUUUUUUGCAGGAGGUUGUGGAGGAUAAUGACUCCAAUCCUACAAUCCUGGGAGAAGGAAGCUUGUGUUGCAUAGGAAGUUUGCAGGGAUUACCGCUGAGUCAUGAAAAGAAACAAAAUUUGACACGGAGCUCUAUAGUGCAGAUCAGCUUCGUGAAAUGAAGCAGUUCCAGGGUCCAGCUUCGACGAGGGUUCAUAUGAGCAGCCUUUACAGACUAUCAUGAGACUCUCUUGAAAGAAUGGCCAUGCGCCGUUAUGUAUGUGCCUUUGUUCUUCUAAGCCAGCCAGCAGGAGAGGAAGCAAAACAAACCAUUAUUCAAAGACACGGUGUUUCUUUUCUCAAAAACAAACUCUCAGCACAGGGCACAGAUAAUCUUUGUUCAGAGUCUACUUCAGAGUUCACCACACCGCCACGUACCCCCCCCCCCCUGCACUCCUGCAACUUCACAAUUGCUCUUUUGAUUCGGCAGAGGUUUGGCAAAUAGCUUUGAGAGCUGCUGAGAUAAAUCUCCUAAGACAGCAGUCCUCAGCCUUUUUGAGGAUGAGGACCCUCUUUUAACCCCAGUUUUAAAAAAUGUGAACCCCCAUGUGCAAAGGCUUUAAGAGGUGCUCUUUCAGUUCUGUUUGAGCCUCCAGAGGCACAAAUGGGGAUGAGGGGCUGCUUCAAAGAGCACUGUUCAGAAGCAGUCUUUGAAGCAGCCUCCACCUUCAGGAGGCUCAGAGACAACUGCCAGCUGCUCUCUUAAAGCCUUUGCAAGUCUUUGCAUGUUAGGGUCCACGGAACAUUUUGGGGUUCAAAAUGUGUUUAACUGAUCAGAUGGUCCCUGAGGUAUCCUGCACCCAAGCUGUUAAGAGCCUUGUAAAUUAAUAGAAAACUACGAACCUAGUCCAGUAGUGUAUGGGCAGCCAGUAGAAAUAUUUUUAGCCUCAGCAACUCUCCAUCUGCAGCAUUUUGCUUGAGCCUCUGAACCAGAUCCAAGGGUAGCCCCACGUAAUGUUGUUGGACUCAAAUUCCCAUCAGUCUCAGCAAACAUGACCAAUUGUCAGGAAUUAUGGGAGUUGUAGUGUAACAUCUGGAGAGUUGGUCCCAAAAGGUUGAGGUAAAUUUACAGGUGGCUCCUACUUUUAAAUAAUAAUAAUUGAGCAGUACUGCGAGUACAGCCCUAAAAGCUGUGUUGUCAUAUCACUGAUAAUUUGCUGGGACAAAGGAGCAACUGGAUGAAGGGCCACAGUUCAGUGGGUAGCUCAUGUUUUGGAUUGGUAAGGCCACCGUUUCAAUCCUGGGCAUUUCCAGGUAGGGCUGGAGAAAGCCCUGUCUGAAACCCCACAGAGCCGCUGCCUGUCAGUGUGUAGACAAUACAGACCUAGAUGAUUAAUUGGUCUGACUCUGUAUAAAGCAGCUGCCUUCAGUUCCAGCAGGAGCUGCACUGUGAGUACUGAUAAGCUCUGGAAGCAAAUAGAUCUGUCCCUUCCGGCCUUCUAACAAAUCACUUGACAUCGUUUCCCAACCUGGUGCUUUCUAGAUGAUGGCUGGGGCUGAUGGGGGUCCAAAAUAUCUGGAGGCCACCAAGUUGGAGAAUACUACUCUCUAGGCACUGUGGCAUCAUAGCACUUGAAGACUUGUGGAUCAGUCAAGGAUGAAGAUUAGUCAGGGAUGAAGUCAGCUCAGUCCAGAUGGUUCCACCCACCCUCAAGCAGAGGCUGCUGCUGCUGUCAGCACUGAUAUAGUAGGUAGGGCAGGGAGAUUAUCCCCUCUAGAUUUAUGAGCUCUUUCUUUGGCAGGCCUAACACUGAUGGCUCAGUUUAUUGGGAAACUAGACAGCUGACUAGACAGCCAAGUAGAAACCUUUUAAAUUAGAAUUAAGGUCAGGGAUGGGGGACCUGAUGCCCUCCAGAUGAUGUUGGGUUCCAUCAGGGAUGAUGGGAGUUGUAAUCUGACAAUGUCUGGAGGACCACAAGUUCACCGUCUCUUAUUUAGGCACAGUUAAUAUCGCCAAUACUGCAAGGUCAGCUGCAACAUAAGUCACUUCGACCUGGUCUAAAGUUCUUCAUUUCAAUAGGGAUUUUAUUGUUUAUUUUUUUUUAGAAAAAUGUAUUUAUAUCCUGGCCUUUCUCCAAGGAGCUGAAAUUGGUAGUUCCACACAGUGGUUACUCAUUUUAACCUUGUAAGGUAGGUUAAGCUAGGAAAUGGUCAGCCAGUGAACUUGAUGGCUAAGCUAAAUUACGCCACACACUGGCAUUCGUUGUAAUUAAAGAAGAAAGAACUCACAGUUCCAGAAGGUUCUGAAGCCAUGAUUUACAGCUCUAAAACACACAAAGCAAGGCGCCUUCCUGUUGGCUUCAGUUGUCUUAGCCCACUGACAUUUUUUAGACAUCAUAAUGAUAUCUUUCAAUAUAAUGGAAGGUUACCAAUGAAACAGGAGCUUUUAAGGAAUCUGUUUCCUCCACACCCAGAUCACCUCUAGGAAUGCCUCUGAUGUAACCUCUGAUCUGUGCAAGUAACUCUCUGAUACAGUGAGCUCAGGGGCAUAAUGGAUGCUAAUGAAUGCCUCAGGUAGCAAUAUGCCUGUUACUAUUUCCAGAAGAAAUUAGUGAGCUGUGGCUCAUAAAAUAAAAUAUUAAAACGCCUUUGAAGUCUUGGGUACAUAUACUUUGCCGAGGCUUAUUUAAAUUGUGAUGUCGUUGUGGAAAGGCCCACAGACACUCCCAGGAUGGCAAAUAUUAAAUAACUUACCUCAUAGAGCAGUGAAACAGCGGUAAAUGACAAUUAAGAUGACGGAGAAGCAGGCAUGUCUAUUUAGUUAAUGCGUUUCUGCAUUGCUGGAUGUGCAGGAAAAGGCAAUGUAAAUAUGGAAGGUGAUGAUAAAGGAUUGUCUUGAAAAAUCUGGUCAUGCUUAGAGUCACCAUGUUUGCCUUGGUCUUAGCUUCUCCUACAAAGUGGAGGAUGUACUUUUUGGAUGGGAUUUCUUUGCAACAUUCCAAAUACUGGCUGCACUGGGGACGAGUUAUUACUGUCCCUGCACACCUAUGCAAACAUGGGGGCCAAAAUACUUUAUAGUCUUAUAAUUCAAAUUUACUAGUGAGGUCAAUGCUGGGUGAGGUCAAUGCUGGGUCUAAGGAAAGACAAGAAAUCGCCAAAACUUUGGAUGCCACAGAUCUCUGCCUCCAUUCUUUGUACAAGCUCUUGAACUGUUCCUAGGUUAAAAGCAUAGCCAGCGAACCACUGCAACGAUUGAGAAACCAAAAUAAAGGAAGGUGUGAGAGGGAGCAGCUUAUGACACCUGUGUAGCCCUGUUUCAUGCUAUACUUGGGGAAACAAAUCAUUGUUCCCCCAAAACAAAAUAUAUUGACUUGUGACUAGCAGCGGGAAAAUGUGAUAACUCCCUAUCGAAAGUGCUGCUGUUGGGGAAAUAUUGGAGUUCAAUACCAUGUAGGUUCAGCCUGGACGGCCGGUAAAAUCCAGGCUCCAAUUGUGUCAGUUAACAAGACGUUUAUUUAAGUGUCGCAAAGAAAGCACAGCAAAACCUCAACCAGCAAGUAGUUGAUGGGUGGCACCACCAACAUGAAAAAAGCACAAUCAUUUAUACACUUGUAAGCAAAGGGAAGGGACGCGGGUGGCGCUGUGGGUAAAACCUCAGCGCCUAGGACUUGCCGAUCGCAUGGUCGGUGGUUCGAAUCCCCGCGGCGGGGUGCACUCCCGUUGCUCGGUCCCAGCGCCUGCCAACCUAGCAGUUCAAAAGCACCCCCGGGUGCAAGUAGAUAAAUAGGGACCGCUUACUAGCGGGAAGGUAAACGGGGUUUCCGUGUGCUGUGCUGGCUCGCCAGAUGCAGCUUGUCACGCUGGCCACGUGACCCGGAAGUGUCUUCGGACAGCGCUGGCCCCCGGCCUCUUAAGCGAGAUGGGCGCGCAACCCGAGAGUCGGACACGACUGGCCCGUACGGGCAGGGGUACCUUUACCUUUAAGCAAAGGGAGGCAAAGCAGCAGUGAUGGCCAUAUAUGACAGUACUUCCUUCUACUUGUUUAAUCACAAGGCAUAGCAACCUUCUUAUCUUUCCCUUCUUCCUUUGCCCUUCAUGGUUAACGCAAUAGCUCCUGUGGUACACGUCGUUCUGUCCUUCUCUCAUGAUUUUCUUGCAGACACGGCCGUCACAUUUCAACCUUCACUCACCCAGCCCUCCUCACACACAGUUCCAAAGUUUAAUUUUACUAUAUCUGUAAUUCCCAUGACACUGUCUUGAUGGGAGACCAGUGGAUACAGUUCAACAGCAAUCAGCUGUACAAGUUACCGUGCUCUAAGUGGCUAGUACAGGAAGACUCCUGUUCUUGCCAUACUAAAGAUCCGGAAGAAAGAGAAAAGCAUGGAACCAGUUUUCUACCUUGGUUUCCAAGGUAUUGGCAUUUGCAUAGAAGAAGGGAGGGAAUACUUGGUCCUUUGUCGGCUAAUCAUCACUUUUUCUUCUGAAACUUCCUUCCUCAGCUGCUUUUGCAGCCCUGGAUACUCUAUAUGUAUGUGUUUGAGAUGAAGGGUGAUACGGGUGAAAGGGGAUUUUUUUUUUAGGGGAAAGCCACUGGGAAGUGAAGGCUUAAGCCAGGGGGUCAGCAAACUUUUUCAGCAGGGGGCCGGUCCACUGUCCCUCAGACCUUGUGGGGGGCCGGACUAUAUUUUGAAGAAAAAAUGAACAAAUUCCUAUGCCCCACAAAUAACCCAGAGAUGCAUUUUAAAUAAAAGGACACAUUCUACUGAUGUAAAAACAUGCUGAUUCCCGGACCGUCCGUGGGCCGGAUUUAGAAGGUGAUUGGGCUGGAUCCAGCCCCCGGGCCUUAGUUUGCCUACCCAUGGCUUAAGCACUGUGCAAAUGGCCUUCUCCCUAAGGGUGCUUUAAAUGGCAGAACUGACUGCAAGGCUUCACUGCACAUGGCUGUUGUUGGGUAACAUGUAAUCUGCCCCUCAUAACUGGAGUUUACCCCUACAUAAGCAAGUGUAAGUACCUGCUGCCUGCCUGCAAACUCCAAAGCCACCUACAGGGCGGGGCAUAAGGGGAGCCUGCAAGUAUAAUUGCAGCCAUUGCUACCUGCAGGAGUACUUUGUGGCACCUGUUUGUGUUGCAAAAUGAACACGUGUGUGUUAUUUUUCAUGUGAUAAUGUAUAUUCCCUCCCACCCCACUUUUCUUUUGCAUUGAUGUUUUUCGUUAGGGCAUCGAUCCUGUUUGUUUCAAUACAAAUAUGAUCCUAUUGGUUUCAAUAUAAUACGUAGGAACUGAGCAGCAAAGGAAUGUCCCGAGGAACAGGUAGUACGGGAGCACCCUCUUCUGAAGAGCUCAUGGAUUGCAUAUUUCUUGUUGUUAUCAUCUAGGCUGGAGUCCUUAUGGACCCCAUUUUCUUCCACCUUGCAUCAUAUUUUUCUUUACAGUAUAGCCUUUCUAUGUUUUUCUUUACUACUAUGGAAAUCUGGCCUUCUUUUCCUGCUCCUCAUUCAUUCAUUCGUCUCUUCUCUUUCUCCUUCCCUUUCUCAGUUUCUCUCUAGUAGACAACUGUGGUGUUUGCUGGUGUGAUCUUCCUUAGGUAAGGUCAACACACUGGUUGAGAGCCAAUGAUGUAUUUGAGAACUGCUUUGGAUCUGUGGGCACAGCAGGAAUUUUGAGAAAGUGCAGCGGAUUCCAGUCACAAAAUGGCUGCUGAGGGAUGUGUGGCAUAACACAAAAUGGCUCCCAUAGGGGACAUGGCACAAUACAAAAUGACUGCCACAUAUAAAAAUAGGGAAGGCUACAAAAUGGCGCAGGCAUGCCACCCCAUCACCCCUCCCCACAAUCAAUGGAUAAAAAGGCUCCUAUAUCAACCAUUGCUGCACUCUCUCUUUGCACCUCCCCUCUGCUCAGAAUGGAAGAAAGAGUGGGUGCCCAAAGAAAUGUAGGCCUGUUCAAUACAGAACAGGCUGAGCUAGGACAAGCAUUAGCUGAACAAGAAGAUGGAACAGUCUUUGGUCCAUUAUGAAUAUUUAUACUGAAUCAUUUACAAGGCGCCACUGGCAAUACAGGCAGGCACACCGGCGCCUGCAAAGACCAUGUUGACAAGCCUCUUCCAUUUCUAUGACAGCAGAGUUAGCUAAAGGUCUUCAAAUGUAUUUUCUGCGGUUGUAUUUGCAUUGUUGUUUAGUCUGUUUUAUCUACAAAAAACCUACAAAGUGCAACCCCCUCAUCAGUGCCAUUCUUACCUCCAAUCCCGAACACAGGCUACCUAUCCUGCAAGGAGGGACUUUUGCCUUCUUAACUCCAACGCUGGCUAUGCUCUCUCUCCCCCGAUGGAAGUGCCCAGAGUGGACCCAAAAUUCCAGCUCAUUGGAUACUUCUUCUCCAGACUUUGUUGAGACCUGGCAAGAACGAAUGCGAGAGGUAACCCACUGGGCAUUCCAUAUAUAUGUGGAGGAAUAUCUUGAAGUUUAGUUCUGAAUAGUAGGAUAUCCUACAAGUUUAUGUAGCUUCUCCAAUAGCUAUGGAGAGGGUAAUUUCACUUUUGCUUUCAAUUCUUCUCUUGAUCAGCCACAGGGAGAUUAUACUUUACUUGCUCUUUGACUGGGUCCAUAUGUUAGAGGACCAGCAUGGUUUCUAUUCCCCAUAGUUCCUUUCCAUGGUCUUCCAACAGGGCCAGUGCCAAAGGCCAGCAUGGUUGGGCAUCUGCCAGUGGUCCACAUCCUAGCAGGACUUGCUGCAGUGAGGAGGUAGAUUCAUUGAGUUGGGCAUGCAUGAAUGGUAUCUUGCCCAAGGGCCCUCCAAAACCUGGAGAUUUCCCUGUUCUCCAGUAAUAAUUAAAGUCUACAGUACCAUGGGAGAUGUUGAGGACAUGAUUAUGUCUCACAUAUCUAAAACUAACCAAGAUGGCAGCUUAAAUACUUAAACAUUUUGUUAUGGUAGAAAUUUCAAUGUCACUAUUAAAAGCUGAUGUGCAGGGAAAGAAUCUACAUUAAAAUAAAAUCAAUGGAAAGUAAGAACAUAAGAACAGCCUGCUGGAUCAGGCCAAUAGUCCAUCUAUUCCAGCAUCCUCUUCUCACAGUGGCUUCCCAGAUGCCCACGGAAACCUCCAGCAACUGGUAUUUAGCAGCAUUACUGCCUCCAACCAUGAAGGCAGGAGGAAGAUAAUCUAAAACUAACUUUUGCAGGAGGGGAAUUUGAGGAACUGAGGCAGAUAGUAGUGGUGAGAGAUGAAGUUAUAGGCCUAAUAGACUGAGUAAAAGCUGACAAAUUGCUGGGUUCAGAUAACAACCACCUGAGAACUAUCAAAGAACACAAAUGUGCAAUUGCUGAUCCUCUAAUAUAUGUAACUUGUGUCUCAGAUCAGUCUCUGUACUUGAGGACUGGAAAGUAGCAAUGCAACAUCAAUUUUAAAAAAAGAUUGGCAAGGGGGCAGUCCUGGAAAUUACAAGUCAGUUAGCUUAAUACCUGUCCUGGGAAAACUGGUUGGAAGUAUUAUUAAAGAUACAAUAACCAAGCAUAUUGAAAGACAAAGCUUGCAGAAGUUUAUUUGUGAAAUGUUUUUUUUCUUUCUCUGUUUCAGUUGCAGGGAGCAAUCAUGGUAGCUUCCUGCUUCCAAAUCUUUAUUGGUUUUUCUGGUCUUAUUGGAUUUCUGUUGAGGUUCAUUGGCCCUUUGACAAUUGCCCCAACCAUUUCCUUGGUGGCACUGCCUCUCUUUGUCUCUGCAGGAGAAGAGGCAGGACAACACUGGGGUAUAGCAGCCGUGUAAGUUUUACCUCCCUUUAAUACCAAGAUGAAUGUGAUGCAAACAGAGAACAUAUACCCAGUGCUUUUUUCUGGGGGUAUGCAAGGGUACGCAUACCCCUAAACAUUUUGUGAAUCUUUGUACUUUUGUCUAUUAUUAUUAUUAUUAUUAUUAGGCCAUCAGUUAGAUUCCACCCUAUCUGUAUCAACCAGCAAAUGUAAAAUAAUCCAUACCUGGGACGAAGUCACAGUUACUUGGAAACAAUGCAUCUUUACUGGGCAAAAUAAUGAAAUUCCCAAUUUCUGUUGUUAGUUCCAUGCCUCGUUUCAGUCACACUCCUUUCAUGGCAUGUGCUUUAUGCUCACAUGUAGAUUUAUUCUUCAAGGCAUUGAAUAGGCUUGAUCCUCUAAUUUUUACAAUGAGCUUUUCAUCUGUUUCUAAGUGUGGAAUACUAAUAAGUGCACAUCGCUUGAAACAAAGCUGCUUGAAUCAACUGUUGUUGUUUUGUUUUGUUUUUUUUACCCUGCUUUUCUGUCACAGGACACAAAGUGGCUUACAAGAUUUACAAACACAAUAAAACUAAUGAAACACAACAAUGCACAAUAAUCAGAAAAUACAAAUGCACGACAUACACAACAGCAGAUUAACAAUGCAAUCCACUGCUUUGCAUAUCAGCUCAGAUCAAAGUAAAUUCCAGUGAAUUAAGUAAGGUCUGCUUGCAUGUAAAUAUUAGGAUCCCAGCCUAAAAUAGGUAUUUUGGAAAACAGAAAAAUCCAGUCAUGAGAACUUUGAUAUCAGAUGCUUGUCUCUGUUUGUAACUUGCACUGAGGUUUGUGGAAUUUUGUAAGGUGAUUCAGGACCGUUGGUAUCUCAGUAAAUGAAGACGAUCCCAUACAAUAGUGUAGGAAAAACAGUGUAAUAAACAUGGUUGUGAAAAGUCAGUGUAGUAGGAACAUGGUGCCCCAAUAUCUGAAUAAGUUCAACGCAAGCAUACAAGUGGCACAAAUGUUUGUAUUUGUUCCUGUAUAAAUACUCCCUUAAGUUCUGAAUCAGGACCUCCAAGUCAACAUAAAACAUAAACAACUUUUUCUUAACUUUCUUUUCCACCUCAGAACCAUAUUCUUCAUAGUUCUGUUCUCUCAGUACCUGAAAAACGUCCCUGUUCCGGUGCCAUCUUACAGCACAAGCAAGAGAUGCCACUUCUCCAAGAUCUACCUCUUCCAGAUUUUCCCUGUGAGUUAACCCCUUUGAACUUUUGGUGACCAGAUAGACCACAGCAGGUAGACUAAAAUAAAACGAAAGCGUGCUUCAUUUCAGUCACCUAACGAAUUGCAUUGACUUCCACUUGUUCGUUGGCAAUGAAAUAAGCCAGCUGUAGAGGAAGAUUGCCAAUUGUUUCGCGCUGUGUCUUACCAACUUGCCUUUAUUUGAGUGGGGAUUUGGUGGUUUUUGUUAUGAUUGAGUAGCUAUACCACAACUACAUUUCUUUGAUGCUCUUUGCAAAUGUAAUGGGAAAUACUGUUGAACUAUACAACUUCUAGUCUGUAGGAGCGAGUCCUGCCACUAACAAAGAUUCAUUGUCUUCUGUAACUGAUUAGGUGCUGUUUGGCCUCACACUUACUUGGCUUCUCUGUUUUAUACUUACCAUCACCAAUGUGUUCCCUUCGGACCCACUUGCUUAUGGCUACAAAGCUCGGACUGACAGCAAAGGGGAUGUUCUUUCACAAGCUCCCUGGUUUCGGUUUCCUUACCCAGGUAUUGUCAUGCCGUAAUGUUGCUGAUUUUUUGCCUCCCCAUUGGGAGUGAAAACAUUAAUCAACUUCUUGGUUCUCUUUAUUAGUUGAUUUCAGAUUAAUGUUAAUAUGGUCUUCUUCAGACAAAAGGGCUUCAUUGUUAACAGUACAGUGGUACCUCAGGUUACAUACACUUCAGGUUACAUACGCUUCAGGUUACAUACGCUUCAGGUUACAGACUCUGCUAACCCAGAAAUAGUACCUCGGGUUAAGAACUUUGCUUCAGGAUGAGAACAGAAUUCGUGCUCUAGCAGUGCGGCGGCAGCAGGAGGCUCCAUUAGCUAAAGUGGUGUUUCAGGUUAAGAACAGUUUCAGGUUAAGUACGGACCUCCGGAACGAAUUAAGUACUUAAACCGAGGUACCACUGUACUGGUAACAGUCUGUUGAUUCUGCCAAUGUGUUUAAGACUAUGUUUCAAACAAUAAUUGGGUAUUUAUUACAGUGUGUGGGCAUAGCCAGGAGGAAUCAGCUGUCCCCCUCCCCCAAUCAAGUUAAUAAAUAAAUAAAAAUACUUAACUAAAAGUAGAAAUUGUAGAAAGAUUUGACAGAUUUUUCUGAGCACUUGAGGUCAAAAGAAAGUAAUUUAAAACAACAGUUGUGGAGACAUUUCGUUCUGAAUCUGCUAGACAGAGCCAGAGAGAGGAUGAUGACAGGUGGGUGUCUUGCCCCGCCCCAGCAUAAAUCCUGGCUACACCCAUGUUACAGUGGCAUAGCUGCCCAUCCUAUACAGGGAUGCAACCUUUUUGGGGGGUAAAAUUUUGGAGCAGCAAGAUUGUCUAGGAGUUGACUUGGAAGCAGGUAGAGGUGGAUAUGCAAGAACACAACUGACAGGACUGAUCCUCGUUCCAGGCACUUCUGAUUUAGGCAACAGCCACUCUUCCAUAGUGAGACAUUGCACGCAAAUAGUCCAUCCUUGGCGACAGCUUCCACUUGGGAAAAUGUGAGGGACAACAUGUUCAAGUUCGUACUUGAAUGAUACACCAUGUAAUGACUGAUAUGUCGAGCAAGUUAAAGUAGCUUCCCAUGUGGUGGUUAUCGCCUGCAAAACAGUCCUAAUUGUUGUCCUGUUAAUAAUUGUAAUCGGCAAAAUAACAGUUCCUUUGGCUCCAACAUUCAACAACAUCUCGAGAAGUUUUAGCUACUUAUGCUGGUGAGCUUCACCAGCCUCAGAUCCACAGUCUCAACAUGGACACUUUGUUUUUGUGUUUGCGACACACAGGUCAAUGGGGAGUUCCAACCAUUAGCUUGGCCGGGAUUUUUGGCAUCAUAGCUGGAGUGAUCUCCUCCAUGGUGGAGUCAGUAGGAGAUUACUAUGCCUGUGCUCGUUUAUCUGGUGCUCCACCUCCUCCCAAGCACGCAAUCAACCGUGGAAUUGGAGUGGAGGGGAUUGGCUGCCUUCUGGCAGGAGCCUGGGGGACAGGAAAUGGCACCACUUCGUACAGUGAAAACGUGGGUGCUUUGGGGAUCACUCGGGUAAGUCUGAUUUCAGUACGAUAAAUUGAAUUCCACUGCAGCAAAGUGCCAGCAUUUUUGCAGAAGAGGCAGCCACACAUGUGCUCUUAAAACAGGCACCCCCAACCUUUGGCCCUCCAGAUGUUUUGGACUACAAUUCCCAUCAUCCCUGACCACUGGUCCUGUUAGCUAGGAAUCAUGGGAGUUGUAGGCCAAAACAUCUGGAGGGCCGUAUGUUGGGGGUGCCUGUCUUAAAACAAACGUGGGCUAUGCAGGGAUAGUAUCUUCCCAACCGUUCUAAUGCCAGGGAACUCUUUCCACAUUAGGUUGUCUGCUGAGCAACACUGAGAGCAUCUGCUGUGGGAAUCCUGUGCUUUGCAGAGGAUUCUGGGGAAUUUUCUAGAGUAAACAUUCAGUUUGUGUGUAGGGCAUUGGCCAGGCCACACACACCAUUGGCACAUCCGAACUGAGAGCAUACCCUGAGAAUCCCCCAAUACUCCCCUGGAUCUGCACACUGCAGGAGGAGAUCAGCAGCGGCAAACAGGCUCAACACUCACAUUGUGGUCUUUGUAAAAAGUGUAGCGAAGGGGAAUGAAAGAGAAAGUUAAUGGGGCUAGGCGCCAUCUUGCUGCCCUAUGCUUGAGGCACUAGCACAAGCUCUGCUAAGCUUCUAAAUGAGCACGUUUGCUGGAUUGCUGUGCUGAAGAGUCCUUCCAAGCAGCCUGUUGCUCCGUGUAGACUUACCUCAUUCAGAGGGUUAGCUUUUCUCUCUAAUGAGCCACAACAUUUUAGUCCUUUCCGUGGCAGUAUAUUAUCAGAAAUCAAGGUGUGCAGUAAUAUGAUUACCUUCAGAAAGUUUAUUAAUGUUCUAUAGGUUAUAGAAAGAACAAGGGUGAGGGGAACCUCUGCCCCACAGGUCUGUUUCCCACAAACCAUGCCCACCUGAUGCUAUGUUUAAUAUCUGCUAUUGUCAUUUAGGGAACGCGGGUGGCACUGUGGGUAAAACCUCAGCGCCUAGGACUUGCCGAUCGCAUGGUCGGCGGUUCGAAUCCCCGCGGCGGGGUGCGCUCCUGUUGUUCGGUCCCAGCUCCUGCCCACCUAGCAGUUCGAAAGCACCCCCGGGUGCAAGUAGAUAAAUAGGGACCGCUUACCAGUGGGAAGGUAAACGGCGUUCCGUGUGCUGCUCUGGUGCCAGUUCGCCAGAGCAGCUUCGUCACGCUGGCCACGUGACCCAGAAGUGUCUGCGGACAGCGCUGGCUCCCGGCCUAUAGAGUGAGAUGAGCGCACAACCCUAGAGUCUGGCAAGACUGGCCCGUACGGGCAGGGGUACCUUUACCUUUACCUUAUUGUCAUUUAGAGCAUUUAAAGGGAAUAUUGUUAACACCUCUUAUAAGUAUUUAUUAAUAGAACAUGGAACACUAUAAAAAGAAAGCAUCUUUAACAGGAAAAUCCAUGGAACAACCAGAAAGGCUGUAUUUCCAUUGGUAUAAAAAACACCUGGCUUGGCUAUUGAGUCUUACUGUAAUCUUAUCUGAUAACAUAGCUAUUAUUAUUAGUUAUUACAUUUAUCAGAGCAUUUACUCAGUAAAAAGCCUCAAAGCGGCUUGACAAGGUAAAAUACAACAUGUAAAAGCCAUUUAAGACCUGGAAAAAUAAAACAGUGAACAAACUCAAUAGUAUGCUUAUUCAGCAACAUAUUAAUAAGGGCAAGGUCCUACCUUCCACCCUAAAAAAUGAGCACCGCUGUAGGAGGCAACAUGAGCUAAUUAACCAAAGCCCUACUGUCAGCACUGACAGAGCUCUGAAACAUAUCCAUAUCAUUUUCUUUGUCCUUUUGUGGGGGCUUUUAAUUUUCUUCUGUUCUUCUCAACACAGGUCGGGAGUAGAAUGGUCAUUGUGGCUGGGGGCUGCGUUAUGCUUUUGACUGGUAUGUUUGGCAAGGUUGGAGCUAUAUUUGCCAGCAUUCCAACUCCCAUCAUUGGAGGAAUGUUUUUUGUGAUGUUUGGCAUCAUCACGGCUGUGGGAGUUUCCAAUUUACAGGUGAGAGUUUUGCUUCAAAAAUCAAUUUAGUUCUGCAUAGGUGAGGAGGAGCCAUUUGUGCGCAGUUUCAGUUUCUCUUGAGAUCCUCAGCACUCAAAUGCUAAUCUGACAUCCACACCAAACAUUUUAAAGCACAUGGCUCACCCCCUAGCCCCCUACAAAUCCUGGGAACUGUAGUUUAAGGCUGCUUAGGACUGUAGCUCUGUGAGGGGGAAACUACAGUUCCCACAAUUCUUUGUGGGGUAUGUGCUUUAAAUGUAUGGUGUGGGUGAGUUAUUGUAUCCUGCCUCUUAGCCUAAAUAUAGUCCAUCAAGGCAUCUUACAUUAAAGAAAAAACAUAAUCUGUGACAGCUAAAAAAUAAUUGAAUAGCACAAAUUUCAUAUUAAAUGUGUUUCAGGUAAGAAAGUUAUCAAGGACCAUUGCAGAUGGGUAACAAGAUGUAAUAAGUAGUUCUUCCUAUUUUGCAUGGUUGGUGUGUCUACAGCUGAGAUGAUAGGCAAGGAUUGCAAAUUGUUAAGACUGCUAGUUGCACAGAUGGGAUAGUUACAGUUUAUGAAAGACAAUGAAUUGGGUUGUUAUUGAGGGGAUGGGAAUUCACAAAAUUUCAAUUUUCGGUGAGAUAUAUGCCAAGGAUAAUUUUUCACUGUAAGUAGAGAAGCAUUUCAGAAAGUUGAAGGAACCUGGUAACAUGACCUUAAGAUGAAGAUGAUUUGAGAUCAUUAACAAAUCCAAAAGUGUCAAUGAACUAUGAGUUAACUUCUUUUAAAAAGUACAGGUGUGUUCAAACUACAAUAUUUAAUAGAAAUAAAACAAAACUAUUAAGUUUAAACAUUAACACUGCUUUUAAAAAAUGGGAUAAAUCGGCAGGUUGAAAUGUGUCCUAAAACCAAGGAGACAUCUUUCUAACGGAAUAGAUUGCCUUUAUCAACAUCAUUAUCUGAUAGAAAAGAUUACAAGAGAUUUUCCGAGCUGAUAAAAGGUGAAGAUUUUAUUGUUAGAUAAAAUUGCUAUCAUAAAAAGCGUUAUCAAAGGCUUUAUCUUUGUUUGAAAAUUAUUCAUUUUCUUUUUCAUCAAGGAUACUUACAUAUCUUAUAUUGAAAAGUAAACACCCUAGUGUAGUGUUAAUGGCUUUAUAGAAACCCAAAGAGAGCAGCUUGACUGCUUGCCCAAACUUGUCUAUUAUCAGAUUAAAAUAAGUCUAAAACAAAUUAAAGCAUUCUUCUUAGAACAGCACUGAAGCAAUAUCCAACUACUUCACUUAUUGUCUUGGGUACCAUAAAAGCAUAAGUGUGCCAUAUUUCAGUUCUUUCAUACCAUCAACUUUCGAGUUGUGAAAUAUAUUCAAGACUAUAUUGCCCUGAAAUAUUUAAUAUUACUAUGUUAUACAAAUAGGCAUGCACAGGGUGUGCUGAACACAUCCUAAUGUUUUUUUUUAAAAAAACCUGGGGAUUCUGGUGAGGAGGAGAGCACAGCGUAGCAACCCAGAUCCCAUGUCCCGCCACUUCCAGAGACAGAUGUAAGCAGAAACAGAAGCUGCAGAUCUCUUCCAGCCUUUUUCUUCUGCCUGCGUCUGUCACUGUCUCAUGGCUCUUUCUCUGUCUGAGCUCAGAGUCUGCGACACCUGCUCAGGGGCACUGAUGAAAACCUUCAAGGGCACCAUGGUGCCUGUGGGCACCCGGUUGGCAACUCUUGCCCUACUGUAACUCAACGUGUAGCUAAGCCUAAGCAUGUGCAUCUGAAACCACCACAUAUUGCUUCCCUAUUUUCCCUGGGCUUUCCUUAUUCUGUUUCCCUUGUGUUGAAUUUUAGAGUAUAAGCCCUUUGGUGUAUGGACUUGCCCUCUUAUACUCAGUAAAGCACUAUGCACACAGAUGGAAUAAUAAAGAAUCAGCAAUGCUACAUUGUCUACAUACCAAAAAUAGCUGGUGAAAUUAAUGGAUAUUGUGGUAUCCAUUUGUUUUCCCUCUAAAGACCAUCUCCUCUUUAUUCAGUAUACAGAUAUGAACUCUUCAAGAAACCUUUUCAUUUUUGGAUUUUCUAUAUUUGCGGGUCUGACGGUUCCAUUCUGGGUGCAGAAAAAUUCAGAAUUGGUGGAAACAGGUGAAUGUUGUUUUAUUAUAUUUUGUUUUUUUGCCUGAUGUCAACAGAAAAUGAAUUAGAAAUGUAACCCACAAAAAUUGGGAUGUGGUUCCCAUAAUUAACUUCUGCCCACACUGUGGUUUCAGUUACAUUGCUUCUGCCAACCCAGGAGUUCGAAAGCACACCAGUGCAAGUAGAUAAAUAGGUACUGCUGUGGCGGGAAGGUAAACGGCAUUUCCAUACUCUCUGGUUUCUGUCACAGUGUUCUGAUGCACCAGAAGCUGUUUAGCCAUCCUGGCCACAUGACCUGGAAAGCUGUCUGUGGUCAAACACCAGCUCCCUCAGCCUGAAGCAAGAUGAGUGCCGCACCCCAUAUUUGCCUUAACUGUCCAGGGGUCCCUUACCUUAGAUCUCAUGUAUUUGAAUGACUGGACUUUGACAGAUACAGUGCUCAUGCUAAGAAGCUGCCGUAGGUGGUUUCUCAUCUGCUGCAAGUGGUUUUUGCCUUAAGAUGCCAGAUGAUAACUGUUCCAGUCACAUGUUUGUAGCCGUCAUCCUCCAAAUUCACUUAACAGCAUUAUCAAAGCUGACUAUGCCAACCAUCUUUUUUGGGUGGAGACAUACAUGCAAAUCCAUGUUUGUGCAGCCAGUUAAAGUGUAUGGAAUCUGUAGUUUGGGUCCAAUGGGUUAAAAUAUGAAGACUUUUGUUUUAGCUUAUUUUAAUUUAAUUUAUACAUUCCUUUCCCACAGUGUACCAUGCCCAAAGCGACUUACAAUAGAUAUCAGAACAAUAGAUAUAAGGUAUCUAAUAGAUAUCAGGUAUCUAAAAGAAGAGGGACGUGGGUGGCACCGUGGGUUAAACCACUGUGCUGCUUGGGCUUGCUGAUUGAAAGGUCGGCAGUUCGAAUCCCUGCGAUGGGGUGAGCUCCCAUUGUUUGGUCCCAGCUCCUGCCAACCUAACAGUUCGAAAGCAUGGUGUAUGUAACCCGAGGUACCACUGUAUGUGAUAGCUUCCCUGUUGUGCCCAGUUCCAGGGCAUCUGUCUGUUAAACAGAAUAUUGUUUGUUGGACAGAAUAUUUAGGUAAAUAUACACUUUUGAACCCAGAACAAAAACAACACUUUUAAAAAAUGACUUCCAUCAUGAGCUGUAGGGACUUGUUGGGGUUUCUUAUUUGUUUGGAUUGUUUGUUUGACAAGUGGAUUCUGUUUCUAGGAAUUCAACAACUGGACCAAGUAAUCAAUGUGCUGCUCACCACAGGCAUGUUUGUUGGGGGAUUCCUGGGCUUUAUCCUCGAUAACACUAUUCCAGGUAGGAAUUAUAAUAAUAUCCCAGCUUCCUUAACUAUAUUCUAGUGUUCAUUGCUAAUGCGCAGUUGCACAGGUAUGUCUGCCUUUGGUUGCCAGAGUUUUGGGGCCCCAGGUCAUUUUCAGAAUAAAUCUGAGCUCCAGUCCUGAUGGCUUUAAAAACCCAGAGAUCUUUAGCUUUCUAGCCACUGCCUCUGAAUCAGAAACACUGGAGCUCUUAAAACAUUAGCUUAACAGAGGAGAACCUGUUUUUCCAUGAGAGGCUCUGACGUGGCUGGGUCAUGUUUAAAUGACCCAACCACAUGCAGGCGUAGGCCCUGACCACCGAGUCAGCAACAUAUUGGGAGCAGAGUGCUAGUUCCUUGGGGAAAACUAAUCAUGCAGUUGGCUUCCCAAUGCUUGGCUGGGUCAUUUAAAAGUUACCCUACAAGAGAGCCGCUCUCAACACAGCUGGAGUAAAAUUUAAAGGAGCCAACUCCAGGUUUGGGAGGGGGGACUUUUGUGUGGUCAUGGGGCGUCCAUCGUUAGGGCAGUCAAUCCCUGUCCUCUGGCCCCUGGAUGAACAAUAUUCCGCAGAUUUCAAGCUUUCAUAUAUAUAUUUAAGAGUAAGUUUCUAGCAUUUGUAGAACAUGAGAGAGGAGGCAAAAUGGACAGGUAUUUUUGUGACCAACUAACCUGCUUUCAGCGUCUUAUUUGGCCACUGCCACCCCACCCAGAUAACUUUCUGUAGUGGAUCAUGAAUGUCAACAGUAGCCGUGAGGGUGGGGAGUAUCCUGAGCAAUGCUAUGCCAGGGGCAUUGUGGGAAAUUAAAAUGGCAGCUAUACUCAGCCACCUGGUGCCUCUCAGAUCACUAGACUGGGGAGAAAAUGGCGGGAAACAUUGGCAGGCCUUGCCAGGCUUUUGCAGCUGUGUCAGGUGCUGUGCUGUCCCUGAAAGCACUCUGCUGAUUCAGUACAAUUGUCCUCAGUGUUUUGAUUUGAGGAGGCCGAGGGUGUGGCCGCUACACAGAUUGGGAUCAGGGAGGUUUCUUUUUAGGGCAAGCCUUGUGGGUUCUGAGGGCAAAACUGCACUCAUGUUUUGCUUUUUGUAGCAGAAAGUCACAGUCAAAACCACUUUACAGGUUUAUAGUGGCAAUUAGCAUGACAGAGCUUGUGUUUAUAAUAUAUUCAGUAUACUUCAGUCAUUACACCGUGCCUUGCAUUUUACCCAUAUUCAAAAAGAGUAUGAGAGUUACAUUCCUGACACUUUUCAUAUUUUUGUUAUAACUGGGAAGUUGUGUUGCAAGAACUGAUGCUUAUUGUGAAUGGCUUCUAUUUUUUCUUAUACUCUAAAAUGACUGUUGUGUUUGUGUUUAUGUGAGAUUCAUACUUUUUGUGGCACUCUAUAGGAUGCCCUUUUCUAUUAGUCUCUGCUAACAAUUCUGUUUUCCUUUGGUAGGGAGCUUGGAAGAGCGGGGACUCCUGGCAUGGAAAGAGGGUUAUAAGGCGGAAUCUGACGAUACUGUGAACACCUCGGAUGUCUAUGAUCUACCCUUCGGAAUAGGUUCUAAGUUCUGUGCUGCUGACUGGUUUCAGUACCUCCCAAUGUGCCCAAAGCGGCCAGCCAGAAACAAUGCAAAGGAGCGCAAUAAUUAUGCACAGGAGAACAAAAGCAAAUUUAAUUCAGAAAAGGACACAGAAAUAAACAUCGACACGAGAAUAUAAGACUGCAUCAGUAAACAAACUUGACUUGCUAAGCCAUUGAAGCAACAUCUUCCUUUUUUCUGGUUUCUUAUCAACGAGACUGUGGCUGUAGCAAGAGACUAAGUUCUGGCAAACGACUCCAUAAUUUGCCAUCAGUGCAAAUUGGCCAUGUGUGCCAAUUUCUCUGCUGCAAGAAUACAGUGCCAGUUUGAGGGACAGCCUGGCUAGGGAGCCCAGCAGCACCCAAGACAAGAAAUUGUUUUCCUGUCUACCGUGGGAAACUCUUUUCCUGAAAAUUGAAUCCGUGGUUCUUGAGUUUCUGAGUAACUAGACAAGCUAGUUCCAAGGAGCAAAGCUGCUGUCCUAGGCUUCCUUAAAUCCAGCCUCAGCUUUUGUCUCUGAUCAUGUUCAGUUGGCCAGACUGCUUAAUGUGUGUAUCACAAUACUUUGUUGCUCCCACACCUUUUAGUCUUCGGCUUUGUUGAGUCCAUAAGUAUGGGGAACCUGUGGGCCGUCAAAUGUUGUUGGACUCCAUUAGCCAACAUGGCCAGUGGUCAGUAACGUCGGGAGUUGUAGUUCAACAACACCUGUGUUGUUUGCUACAACAGGCUCCUGAAUUAAACUGGGGCUUCCAAAGUCUAUAAAAUAGUUCUAAGCUGCUUUUAGGCUUUCAUGGAAGUCAGUGACUUCCAUGUGAGAAGCCACACAGAACAAGAUAUGCUUGAUCUUGAUUAUAUUCAUAAAAUGUUGUACUUUGUUUUUUAAAUCUAUCCUAAAGGAAGGAUUCAAUAAACUUUCCUCAGGGAUGGACUCUUGAUCAUCUUCCUGUGUGUAUAUAACAAGAGACCUCUUAGGUUUACUGUUGGCAUUAUCCCAAAGGGCCUUCUGUCUAAGAUACACAAAGCUUUAAUUGUGGUAGACUAAGACUAGGGCAUUCACAUUCACCUUUUUUGAAAAAACUUUUGGAAAGCCAAGUUUCAUUCUGGUGACUACUGGGAUGACUCUCCUAUACAGUGUUGAGGCCCAAAUAAAACUCUGUGCCUCUGCCAAAUUCUUAGGGCCGUUCUCUAUUUCUGUUGAAAUUCUCCUUGCUCAAAAUAUGCCCCAAAUACAUAUCUGGUAUUUUUAGGCCAGACAGGAUGAAUUUCCUUUACACUUAUGUGUUGUUUCUUUCCAUUUCUGCCUAUCUGUUCAUACUACAGAGCUCUUUUGCCGUUGCCUCCUAUCUGCACAGCUCUCCAUUUCCACUUUGCUGAUCCUUCCUCAAUUUCUCCCCAUGUUCAGGCUUUCACAAUCCCAUCUACACUCACUUGGUAUUUACCUGAAAACACUGUGCAUUUUACUGGGCAAGAGCUGUAUACAAAUUAUCCUACUACACCUGAGCCGCAGACAAAAGUAUUUUAAUUGCUCUUUUGACAAAAGAGUUUGUUUGUGUUAGUCACAAGCUUGCACGGUGCAUGCCCCAUUCUUCUCCUACUGUGUGGUAGUGUCUGAUAAGCUUUAACAUCAGCAUGGGCUGUGACUAAGUUUCCUGCCUACCUUUCUAUCCUUUGCUCUUACAUGGGUGUUUUUAUGUGGUUUCUCGGUAUCAGCCACUUAAGAUGCCCUACACAAGGUCUUACAUAAGAUUGUAUUUGUAAUGAUAUAUGCUUGCUCCAUGUGUUCAGUUGUCCUGACUCUGUCAUGGGAUUUUGCUUACAUAUGCUUAGUUCAGCGGUGGCUGAAUUUGUGGCCCUCCAAUUGUUAUUGAACCACGACGCCUAUAAACCAUUGGCUGAUGGGAAACUGCAGGUGUGGAUUUUCUGGUCUGCUCCAGGAACAGCAGAUGCAAUCUGUCAGCUCAGCUGGAGGAUGGAAGGAUUCAGUUCUACCACAUGCGGAACAGAUACAUGAAGUCCCUACUGCUUACAAGGCUAGCUGUUGCAUGUGUGCACUUUUGAAUGAGGGCCACCAGUCACAUAGGGAUCAGAAGCUCCCAUUCUACAGUAUGCCAGUUGGUGACAGGUUUUUUAAAAUUACUGUACCUCUUAAAAUCAACCCAGCAGCAACUUUUAUUUUUUAAUAGAAGUAUUUGCAAAACACCUCGGGUGGCACAUAAAAGCAUCUUGGGUACAGCACUCAUCCUCUCUCGCACACAAGACAAAUCCUUGGCUCCCAAGUUGCUCCUCCAUUCUUGUAAGGGGGUGGGAGAGGGUGGUUUCUGUCAAAGCCGCCUCCAUCGACAGCCCUCUGUACCAAAGUCCAGGCCAUUUUCAAGGGUCUAUCAGUCCUAAGGAGCAGAUCUUGGGGGGGGGGGGGGCAGAGGCAGGAAAGCAUGGCGUGCAGGAGGGCAGCUGCCCCCCCAUAAUUAAAAUCAAUACAAAUUGGAGGUUCUGCCCCCUCAACAAAAGCCUGCCUCCCCCACAAAAAUUCUGGCUAUGCCCAUGCAGGAAAGCCUUGUUCUGUGAACAUGAACUCUGUUCUAUUCUUGGGAAGCUAGGACUCAAGCUAUCAUCUUUCCUAAGAUGGCAUCUGCUGUGCACAUUAUCUAAAUUUUGAAGACAAGCAUUUUUCUUCAAAGCGAUUAUUUUAUCCUCAUGCUAGUGUGUGCAAAUUUAACCAACCGUGUAAUUAAGAGAUUAAAACUUAGUUGGGCGACACUUUUUACCACUUCAAACCACUUUUUGUAUACAACACUGUGGGUGAAGUGUUAACCCUGUAUUAACAAGCUCUACCCCACCCAAUUUGCAUGCUUUUAAUUUCACCUUCUCAAUGUGCCAUUAAAACAGAUUAUCCUAUAUUGUGGAUUUGACAAUCUUGUAUGAAAAAAAUGCUCUGUACACAAGCAAACUCUGUACUGAAAAAUAAAUAAAUCAUGAUUUUUU